AUUUCACUGUCAUUUAGCUUUCUUCAUUGAAUAUAAAGCUUCUUCUCUAACGUUCUUUCGCGAAACACUUCAUCUGCUGCUGUUGCUGCUGCUUCUUCUGCCGUUGCUCCACCUCCGAACCACUUCUCCUGCAAACCGCGUUUCGCUCGCACAAGGAUUUAAAAGAUGGCUGAUGCCGAGGACAUUCAACCUCUUGUUGUUGAUAAUGGAACCGGAAUGGUCAAGGCUGGUUUUGCAGGUGAUGAUGCUCCUAGGGCUGUGUUCCCCAGUAUUAUUGGGCGACCGCGCCAUACUGGUGUAAUGGUUGGGAUGGGUCAGAAGGACGCUUACGUUGGUGAUGAAGCCCAGUCAAAAAGGGGUAUACUCACCUUGAAGUAUCCCAUAGAGCAUGGCAUAGUCAGCAACUGGGAUGAUAUGGAGAAGAUUUGGCAUCACACGUUUUACAAUGAGCUUCGUGUUGCUCCUGAAGAACACCCUGUACUUCUUACCGAGGCACCACUCAAUCCCAAGGCCAACAGAGAGAAGAUGACUCAAAUUAUGUUUGAGACUUUCAAUGUGCCCGCCAUGUAUGUUGCAAUUCAGGCUGUCUUGUCUCUGUAUGCCAGUGGACGUACUACAGGUAUUGUGCUUGAUUCCGGUGAUGGUGUGAGCCACACCGUGCCCAUAUAUGAAGGGUAUGCUCUUCCUCACGCAAUUCUUCGGUUGGACCUUGCUGGCCGUGAUUUAACGGAGUACUUGGUGAAAAUCCUUACUGAGAGAGGGUAUUCCUUCAGCACCUCUGCCGAGAAGGAAAUUGUCCGUGAUGUGAAGGAGAAAUUAGCAUAUGUUGCCCUUGAUUUUGAACAAGAAAUGGAGACUACCAAGAGUAGUUCUGCCGUGGAGAAGAGUUAUGAAUUGCCUGAUGGCCAGGUUAUUACAAUAGGCUCUGAGAGAUUCCGUUGCCCAGAAGUACUAUUCCAGCCUUCACUAAUUGGUAUGGAGGCUACUGGAAUUCAUGAAACAACGUACAACUCCAUCAUGAAAUGUGAUGUUGAUAUUAGGAAGGAUCUGUAUGGAAACAUCGUGCUUAGUGGAGGUUCUACUAUGUUUCCGGGAAUUGCUGAUCGUAUGAGCAAGGAAAUUAGUGCUCUUGCACCAAGCAGCAUGAAAAUCAAGGUUGUUGCACCCCCUGAGAGAAAGUACAGUGUCUGGAUUGGUGGUUCUAUCUUGGCAUCACUUAGCACCUUUCAACAGAUGUGGAUCUCUAAGGGUGAAUAUGACGAAUCUGGGCCAGCCAUCGUUCACCGGAAGUGCUUCUAAGUUGGGUCAAGCUUGUAGCUGGAUGGUGAUCAAGUUCUUCAUGCACCCAGUCCUGUGCCAUAUUUCAGUCAAGUUUGGUUGACUUAUUUGAUGCUUUGGGUUUUAAUAGAUAUAUCUAGUUUAAUGAAUGGAUUUGUAAGUUGAGUAUGUUUUAUGUUUCUCCGUUAGGUCCUUGGAAGCCAGACUAUUUUAUGCAAUUGGCGGAUGAUAUUGGAACUUUGUAGGUUCUGUUUGGCUUGAUUUUCCUUUUAUUCGUUUUUUCAUGCUGUGGUCAUGAGUUAGGUGCAUCGAGUUAGGAGGACCAUAAGUUUAAGCAUCUUUUCUCCCAGAGGAGGGAUUUUUGAGUCAGUUUCUGUUUAUAUUUAUUAUAUGCUUAAUUGGUUUUUAUGUUUGCAGUACUCUCAGAAUCUUUUUAUUGUUCGAGAUGAUUAAUCGUUUA